AUUCAAUUCCAAUCAACUGUCAAAAAGUUUUUCAUAUCUAUUCAAUCAUUGUUUAUUUUAUUAUUCAAUAAAAACUUAAAUUAAUUAUCAACAAAAAAAGAAAACCGUCCUCCUUUGAAUACAUUUCUGUUUUUUUUUUUAAAUGUCUUCAAUGUCGAAGUACAACGAUGGACGAUCCAUCAGAGUUUUAUCAUUUCUGGAGGCUUAUGAAAGACAAGAAUGUCUUUGGGAUACCUCAUUGGAUAGCUACAAGAAUAAAGGAGAUCGAGACCAAGCUUAUAUGGCAAUAAUUAAAGAACUUAAUGUCCCAUCACUAACGGUUCAUGAUAUUAAAUUGAAAGUCAAAGGCAUACGAACAACAUACACAAAAGAAUUAAGAAUUCUAAAUGCUCAUAAGAAAAUGGGCAAACCAUAUAAACCGAAGUUGUUUUGGUUCAAUAAGGCGAAUUCGUUUUUAAAAAAUGUAUGCGUAUCAAGACGUCCCAGAAACGAGUUUUUGUGGCCAAAACAUGAACCUGAAAACCAAUCACCACAAGACUGCAAAGAUUUUGAUGUUGAAUAUGCCGAUGAAGUUUACAGCGGUGAAGAAAUGAUUAUCAGUAAUGAACUAAACGAUGACGAACAAUUGCAAGACACUCAACAUGAUUACAAAACUCAGGAUACACAAGACUAUAAGAAUUUCAUUAGAACUGUAAAAGAACCCGAUAUGGGGAACUACGAACAAACUCCACCAGUCGAUCAAAGUUAUACCCACACUGAGUCGCCCGCUGCAUGCACAGAUUCUCCAAGAUUAAAUCAAAAGCUCGAACAUACACCACAAAACACAUUCGAAGCCUCGUCAUCAUUGUCGUCGUCGCCAGCAGCAGCAGCAGUAGCAGCAUACAAAGACGAUGAAUUUGAUUUAUUCUGCCGCAGUGUAGCCAGUCAGUUGCGAGCCAUCCCCGAUUCGUAUUCCCGAUCAAUGGCAAAGCUGAAAAUUCAACAAAUCCUCUUCGAAGCUGAAACAGGUCACUACAAGAACAGUCCUUGUAUCACGAUACCAAUUGUUCAACAAAUAAACAGCGUUUAAAAAUUUA